CCCUUUACCCAUCCCCCUGCCCUGUUUCCCCAUUGGCUGGGUACUCCAGAUUCACAAUCUUAUCAGUUUACGUUUGUUGAUUCGUGUGUUAUCUGGUGUCAGUCAGUAGCCAUCCUGUUGUCUCCAAGAUGUCUCAGUGCUCUUCUUGUCGUACUGAUAUGGUGAUUGUCUCCGAAGUCUUCGUUAAACAAAGAGCACCGGGGGGGAUGAUGCCAGGCCUUCAGAUGUCUCUUCAGGCGCUUCCUCGGGCAUACCAUGACUUGUUCUCUGGUUUGAUCUCGUGCAGGAUAUUCUUGCAAUGUGUGUGACAAAAUAUACAAAUAUACACCUAUAUACAGAGCGUGCAUUCCUGGGAAGAUUUGGCUAGAGGAUAAGUGACGUAAACUAUCAGAGAUCUUCCCCAAGUUAAGUAGAAGGACUCCCAAAAAGAACUAUGACAACGGAGUUCAUGAAAUAAAAAAUAUUAUCCAAUUCUAAUGCAGAAACAACAUUAGAUUCCCACAGUACCCCAGGGCGUGCCGUCCAGCCCUGUAAACGCCAUUUAACCGCUUCUGUUCCCGCUUCGCUUUGGCAGACGCGAGGAGGCGCUGAGGGAGGGGAGCUGCCUGUGUGGUGUGCGCGGAGCAGGCGGCCGCACGAUGGCAGCAGCCAGCCAGGCACAAACAGAGCUGCAAACGUUUGCAAUUGUAGGUUCUGUCCGGCGCUGGGCUGUCAUACGAAGCCGAGCAGCCUGCUGCCAUCUCUGCUGUACAAGCAGCGUAGCUGCAUAGGGUGAAGAAUCUCCGUUUUCCAUCUAUGGCACGGAGGAGCUUCAGGGAAACACAGCAAAAAAAGAGUUACAGUUUGACACUGAAAAACACCUGGAUGCCUCUUUUGAAGGAUCUUUCUUCUUUUGCAUCCUUCCAGCCAGACCCAUAGGAAGGCAAUACCUUUCAAAUUCAAGGCUCUGGGGAUUGCAUCAUGCAAGGUAGGCAUGAUGCCAUACCAUGGCAGAUUAGAAUGCAACCACAUGGCCAGCCCCAGCAGCAAUAAACAUUUGAGGGUGAUAAUAUCUUAAAUAAUUCCAGCUGCUUACAAUGCAUUUGUGCUGUUACAAUCGCUCAACAAUGAAUGAAUGGCAGAUCCACAACACCUCGUGUCUUAAGCAGAUUGUUCAACCUCUCCCUCCUUGAUCUUAGUUUCCCAUGCUGCUGUACUCAGUACCGUUCCCCCAAGAGAAAUAAAACCCAAGACAGUGCACUGCAGGAUGGCUGUGCAAGCAGGAAAGCUCUGAAACAAGAGCGCUGUCAAUUUGGUCACUUGCCACCCUGCAAAAGAAACUAGAUCCUGCCUAGGCAGAGCCAAACUCCUUCUGAACAGAAGAAGAAAAAUUUCACUGUUUCUUCUAAGUGCUAUGCAAGGUCAGAUACCUUGGACAAGUUUGCAAGCACCUUCCCCACUAGUAAAGCCUCUGAUUUAUGGGACUGUUGCUGGAAGCAGGUGUUGCCUGUGUUCAAUUAGCUGGCCCAUGUGCAGAGCAAAGUCCUCCCACUCCUCCUUGGCAAAGUUUGCAGGAGAAAGAAACAGAUGCACAGGUAGAGACACGUCACACCUACACCUAACCCCAUUUCCUUUCUACCCAGCAGUGCUCAAGUUGCAAAGGUCUUUGAUAUUCUGUUGGGAGAUGUGGAAAGCACAAUCAAUCCUAUCUGACAAAGCUUACUCUCUCCUCAUGUAAACACACACGUGUUCUCCCACACCCAUGGAGAGCAGCUGGUGAUCGAGGUGGUUUUCCCCUCCUGGCCAGCCCUACAGAUCACUUCUAGGAGGGUAAAGGUCUGCCCACUCCUUCCCUCACUUUGCCCUUGGUUUUAAACUUAGCAGGAAAUUUGAAAAGUGACUCUUUUUAAAAAGAUAAUAAUUGCAGAUCUGAUUCAUAGCCUGUUUAAGGCACUUGGCAAAGCCAUAGAGCAAUGUUAGCUUGCCUAGGAAAAGAGCUGUGGAAAUGCCUGCUGCAUUCCCUGAAAGAAUGCACCAGAUCCUCCCCCUCCAGGACUAGUUUUAUUUAAGAGCUACCCACAGUGAUGCAUCCAAAGAGCAGAGGAAAACGCCCCAGCUACAGGUUUCCCUCCUGGGGAAAGACAGCUCUUAGCCUGGAAAUUAAACAACAGGCAUAUCCCAGCAUCUCCCUAGAUAUAGGGAGAGCUAUCAGACAAAGCUUAUACAUAAUCCUUUGUCUGGCCCUUUUUGCUAGAAGAGAGUUAAAGCCUGCUCCAUGCCUGUGGUCUGGAUGAAGUGAGUCUUUGUAAUCAUAGAAAAACAGUUCUCAAUUAUUUGUUUAUGAUUGCCAGGGAGCAUCUCAACACAUAUGCAAUCAGAAAAGCAGAGGCUGAAGCACUUAUGCUCUGGUUAAUCCCAUCUACUAAAAGUGAUGUUAAGGAGCAGGGAGGCAGGAGUCCUACGUGGCUUGGGGGAACAUUCAGGGCACACUUUGAUGCUCCCCUCCUCAGCCAUGAGGGAGGAAAUACUUGUUCUUAAGGGUUGUAAAAUACUUAGAGAAGUUCCUGUAACCCUUAAUACCUGAUCCUAAUGCCUGCACACAACAAUGCUAUUACAUACAGAAGAAAGAAGCACCAGCUUCCAGUGAGAUGUGACGAAAAAGAAGUACUGGCUCUUCCAGGAAGCCAGAUUUUUCCUGUGCUUUCUGAAGUCCAGAUUGGGAAAUGGAAGUUGAGUAGAGCACAGUGUGCCACUAACCAAGGUAGGGAGGAAGAGGGCUGUAUUCAAGUGGAGAAACCACAAAGGAGAUGCUUCUUGCCUACCUGAAAACUAGUGCUUUGCCUCUUUUCCCUGCCUUGGCUGCACAGAAGUUCCUCCUUGACCCUUCUCAAAGCCGGUGCUGCUCCCACCCCAUCUUUUCCGUGGACCUCAAGGUUCACCAUGGUUCAACUCCAAGAUUUAAGAAGAUCAUGUUAGGGAGGUAAUGGCUCUCCCUUCCCUCUCCUCACCUUUUGUAAGAAAUAGUUUAAUGCUUUCUAGAACUUGUAUUAAUCCUUCCCUCCUCCUUUCAGCCCCAUUUAGAAACAUUCACAGGACACAGUAAGAGGCAUGGGCACAGAGGAUGAGGAUGGAGUGGUCUCAUUGUUAUCCCUGUGUUGGCAAGAGGAGCUUCGAAGGCCAUCAACACAGGAUUCCCUGCCUACGCUGCUGGGCGGUACUGGGCUUGCCACUCCUUUGAACAAGGGUGAAGGGCAACUUCCUCACCUCCUCCUCCUUGCUAUCUGCCCACUGCUAGGCAGAGGCAGCUCCCUCCCAAGGCUGGAGGGAGGCCCACACGGAAGUCAAAGCCAACGCUCCAUUCACAACCUCAGGCAGAGUAACAACACUGCAACGAAACCCUGAAACUCUGGGAGCCUCUCAGCUUGUCCUCAGCUCAACAGACUGAUCAGGGAAAAAGGAGAGCAGGAGGAAGAGAAACAUUCUAAUUCACCAUGCAGGAGGAAAUUCUGUUGACUCCCUGGAGAAGUUUUCCUUUUGAAGACUCAGACCCAUCUGCCCUCACGGAUGAAGAGAAGUGGGAUUUCGUCCUUGUGAGUGACAUCCAUGAAAUGGGUGGUGAGAAAGAGGUCAAGAGGAAGAAGUUCCUGGAUGAGCUGAGCAAGAAGGGAUUCACCAUCAAGAAAAUUGAGGACAAGAAACUAUUUUAUGGGGUCCGUGCCCCAAAACACUUCUUCCGGAAAUACCAGUGGCUCUUGAGGAACCCCGACAGCAGGCUGCAAGACCUCAAUGCCCAGCAGGACAUACCAGUGACCACCAGGAUACGGAUCGUGAACUUCAUCUUGCAUAACACAGUGACACCCGACCUCGAGAAGCUGCGUGACUUGAUGAAGAAGAAUGUCUUUGAGGCAGCAUUUCCACUGCAUGAGGUGAGGCCAAGCACACGGAAAGAAGAGGUAAGGGAAUUCCUGAAGGAGAAAUGGGCCCGCUGGAGAGAUAUAUUUUGCCAGCAGCCAAUUGAGAAGAUCAGAUGCUAUUUUGGUGAAAAGGUGGCCCUCUACUUCGCCUGGCUUGGCUGGUACACAUACUUGUUGGGAUUUGCUGCGGUGGUUGGACUGGUGGUCUUUGUGGCUGGGAUUACUGUUUUCAAUUCCAGCCAGGUGAGCAAGGAGAUCUGUGAAGCCAAUGACACCAUCAUGUGCCCACUCUGUGACCAGAAGUGCCCAUUCUGGCUGCUCGCUGACACCUGCACGUAUGCCAGGGUCACUCACAUGAUUGACAACGAAGGGACAGUUGUGUUUGCCAUGUUCAUGGCAAUUUGGGCCACUGUGUUCCUGGAGUUGUGGAAGAGGCAGAGAGCUCAAGUGGUCACCAACUGGGAGCUGUAUGGGUGGGAUGAAGAUGAGGAGGAGCUGGCUAUGGAGCUGAUCAACAAUUUGCAGCAUGAACCUCGGCGGUAUCGGCACUCUUACUUGCGCAGCACCAUUGUGCUCCUCUUGGUUCUGCUCAUGAUUGUUGUACUGAUUGGCAUCGCCCAUGCACUUGUCAUUUAUCGGGUGAUCGCCACGGCCCUCUUCACCCAGAGUGACUCCGAGUUCUUCCGUGAGCAGGCUAACCUGGUGGCAGUGAUGACAGGGGCUGUGCUGCACUACAUCACCAUUGUCGUCAUGACCAAGAUCAACAGACGCGUGGCCCUCUUUCUCUGUGACCUGGAGAAACCACGGACCUUCUCCCAGCGUGAGAACAACUUUACCAUCAAGAUCUUCCUCUUCCAGUUUUUGACGAACUUUUCUUCGCUCAUCUACAUUGCUUUUUUUCUGGGGAGGAUCAAUGGCCAUCCAGGAAACUAUGUGCGCAUUGCUGGCAAGUGGAGGCUGGAGGAGUGCCACCCCAGCGGCUGCAUCACUGACCUUUUCAUCCAGAUGGCCAUCAUCAUGAUGCUCAAGCAAACUAUCAGUAAUGUGGUGGAAUACUUUGUCCCCUGGCUAGCUCACAAAAUACGAAAGAGGCAGAAGCGCCCCAAGAAGAAACACCUGGUGUUGGGGGAGGAGGAGGAGGUUGAGGACCCCUGCAAAAAGCAGUGGCUCAGCAACUAUCAACUCAACGAGGUCAACAUCUUCAGCUUGUUUGAUGAAUUCUUGGAGAUGGUGAUCCAGUACAGCUUCACGACCAUUUUUGUUGCUGCCUUUCCCCUGGCCCCAUUGCUGGCAUUCUUCAACAACCUCUUUGAGAUUCGCCUGGAUGCCAUCAAGAUGAUGCGGCUGCGCCGGCGCAUGGUGCCCAGGAAGGCCAAUGACAUUGGAAUUUGGCUGCAGGUCCUGGAAGCCAUCGGCAUCCUGGCUGUCAUCGGGAAUGGAUUGGUGAUUGCCAUCACAUCUGACUUCAUCCCUGUGCAGGUCUACAAGUAUACAUACAGCCCCUGCAUGAAAGAAAACAGCACUGCUGUUGACUGCUUGACUGGCUACAUCAACCACAGCCUCUCUGUCUUCCACAUCAAGCAUUUUGAGCCAGACACGAGUCUGGCUGUAGAGAUCUUAGAUUUGGUCAAGAAUGGGACGACAAUGUGCAGGUACCGGGAUUACAGAAAUGAUGUGGACUACAGCUACACUGUCCAGUUCUGGCAUGUCUUUGCAGCCCGGCUUGCCUUCCUCAUCCUCUUUGAGCAUGUGGCUCUGUGUGUCAAACUGAUUGCAGCCUGGUAUGUCCCUGAUGUGCCCCUGUCAGUUAAGAAUCAUCUUCUGGAUGAAAAGCACAACAACCUUCGGAAAGAACUGAGCAUGAUGGAGUACUCCACUGAAGUGUAGCCUCCUCUCAUGGAAGAAAGUGAAACAUGGACUUGAGUCCCUCUCCCCAGCCUGCCAGCACAGCCAGAGAGGCAUUCACGUGCUCUGGCUGUCACCAACCAUAGACUUGAACAGGGGAGCAGUGAGGUGACAGCAGCUUCACAGGGCCAGGAUGCUUAUAACUAAUACAGCCACAAAGAGGAAGAAAGUGGCAGCAGAGGUGGGAAUAGCGUCUUCCCAGCAAACUCAGCAGCUGAGGAAGGGCUAUGACACAAUGGAGCCAGGCUCCUCUACAGUCCUCAGCACCAUGCAGAGAGCUCAGCAUGUUUGGCAGCAUCCAGCCGUCACUGGGCGAGCAUGACACUGGCCUGCAGGAGAUGACCUGGCUUCAAUAUCAGUCAUUGCCUUCCUGUGUAGCAUCAUGGGAAAAAGUGGCUACCUCAUUCCAGGUUUCGUCUCCAGAUCUUCCUUGCACUUUGGCCCCCUCUUCCUCUGCUUUCAGUGACCUCCCUGCUCUCACACUGUCCUUCCUCUUUCAUGACAGCCAGCACAAUCUGCCUUGCAGCACAACCACAGCAUAGCUGUCAGAUGGUUCCAAACCAUCCUUUUCCCAAUCUUCAGUAAAUUGCACUUGUUAUUCUGAUUGUCUUUUGCACAGGGCCCUAUCAUGCCCCCGCAUCUGCUUUAACUCAAAUAUAUACCCAACUCAACUACAAGAAAAAUGGUCAAUAAACACAGUGACUGUACAAACUCAAGCAGACCUCAGCCACCAAAAGUCAUUGUAUUCACACUGCUAUCUUUCCUGCUUCCCCUUUCCUAUUCACAGCACCUACAGAUCAUUCACUCCCACUUCUUUUUUCUUCACAUGGAUAAUGAAAAAAAGGCUGGAGCUUAAGCAUUUGUGCUUAGCACACUGAGGUGGAGUGAGAGGUGCUGGCUAGUGGCAGAAUUAAAGGAAAUUGACAUGGUGUCAAGAACAAGAGCAAGAACAUGCUGGGCUGACAGAAGUACAUUGAGCUACAGAGAAAAUCCCGAGUCACAAGGCUAGAAAGUGUUAUCUCUUGUUGCAAAGCACAAUCCAUUAGCCCUGCCAGCUUGAUAUUUCAUCACUACUUCCCUUACAGCCCUACAACAGUGAACACAAGAGUUUGCCUAUGGCAAAGCAGGGGUUACAUGCCCCAGCUGGUCUGGUGGCAGAACAGUCACCGGAACUUUUCUAACAUUUGUGUGUUCCUGGCUUCAUAGGUUUGCAAACUGCCAGGUCUACCUGUAGCUUUACCAAAUUGAGACAGUUAUUUGCAUGAAAGGAACAAAGUCUUUGUUCCCAUUACCUGGAAAUGACAAUGUGCCCUCAAACAUGUGACUCUCCAUUCAACCCUGAGUGCAGAAACAGCCCUUUGGUACUCCACAGCAUUUCCAAAUUAGGCUAUUUUGGACCUGUGCGUAGCUGGUUUGCAGACCCUUGCUGAGCUGGGUCUGCAAACACUUGAGAAAAACAACUUUUCUCUAACUUUUGUUAAUGAGAAAGACAGGAGCACCGAUCAGGUCACUACAGCUUCCAGCUUUGUUACCAUCCUUGUAAACCCUGGGGCAGAUCCACUGGAAAGUUUAAAAGCUGACCUAAGAGUCUUUUUCUUUAUGGGAACUGAAAUUCUUUAACCAGUUCAGAAGUUUAACCUUGAGCUCCACGCUUUCAUCCCCUCCUCUGUCAAAUAGCCACAGGUGGCCACUUGUGUUAAAUUGUGGGGAUAUACUGAAUAGAAUGUGGGAGCUAGGGAGGUGUCACUGUGCAAGUGUGUGAGCACGUGUAAUAGACACGCAGCCAUAAUACAAACUCGGAAUGAUGCAGACGAGCGAAGAUGAGCGGCAUAGCUCAGGAUCAACUAUUUCAUUAGGGCUGAUCUGUCAUGUUCUGUAAUUAAAAGUCAGGUUAGCCUGAACCCCUGCUGCAUACAGAGCAAUAUUCCUGCACAGAAAUGUACACGGUAAUGCUUCUUCUGUAAUAACACCUGUUCUUAGCACUGCAUGUCACAAGAGGCCACACUGCUUGUGGCUCGCUUGAAGUCAGAACAGCCCCACACCUGCAGAGUCCCUGCCCCUGAUUCAACAGCAAGAAGUUACCACCUGCUGUGUUUCCUGGGAAAAGAAGCAGAGUGACAGUGAUUAAACAUCUGUUCCUAGGUGGCACCUCACCCUGUAGCAGUGUUCUCCUUUCUGGCACUUGGAAAUGAACCUGGUUUCACUAAUAGCCUUGGAACACAGCCGCCUGGCAGCUCUAAGUAGCUCAAACUUAAUUAGCUUCAAGCUGUUAAAUGCAUCAAGAACCGGCUAUUAGUGAGUUCAUGUUGAUACAGCCAUUUCCACCCUCCUGCCCAAGCAGUGCACACUCACCUCAGCAGCAGGAUGCAAGACAGGGUCACAGGCUCCAGCAUAGCACAAAGUGGCAGUCUCAGAUUGAAAGAAUUUCGAUGGGGGCUCUGGAUGCAGCUCUGCAGCUCCUUCCCAUAGUCCCCAAGGUCCACUGCAGACAGGGCUGGCUGUGCCCCACUGUCAAGGCCAGCAGAGACAGCAGGUGACACUCUGGGGGUGAUAUGCCUCUGAGCCCAUGCCCAGGACUGCAGAGGAAGGCACCAACGUGAACGCAAAAGGAAACUGCACUCCCAAAGCCACGAAGCAUCAAGCAGGGAAGCAGAACAAGCUGCACAAUGCCCUCAGCCGUCUGGCUUGUUUUGUCCCUUUACCACUGUGAUCAAGAUCAUCUCCACUCCUUCCCACUUUCCACUUGCCCACAGAAAUAGCUCUGAUGGACAGGAAAGGUUUAGUCAGCCCCUGGUUUCCUGCCCUUGCCAUUUGUUCCUUGGAAUCCUUUAUCAUCCUAAAGAGCCAACUGGUUUACACUGGGGUUUGCAGUCCAGACGUUAAAGUGAGCACAGUAGUGUGCAUGAAGCUGGUGAAGGGUCAGGAGAACACAAAUUAUAGGAAAGGCCACCUGCUAAGGGGAGCCCCGCCAUCUUUUUCCCAUGCAGGACCAGCCAGCAGCUGUAGGGCUGCAGCUUGACAUGCAAACAGCAUUGCAGUGGCCCAAGGAGCAGGCGGGUGCACACUGAGCCCUGCAGUCCUGAUGUGGGGUUAAUUUUUAACAUAUUGUAAGUGGGAAUCUACUUUCAACAACCCUCUGAUGGAAUGCAGAUAGAAGGAGCU